AGGAGAGAACCACGUGUGAUCCCCACCAUGUACAGCGCUGUCCUUCCUCCGUAGACUUGUUUUUGUAAGCUCGUACCCUUCGCAUGUAGCCAGUUAGCCCGAGAUAGCCGGAGAAGCAGAUAGGGAUUUCUUUGGUUGUUUUGCAUUUCUUAAGCAAGACUCAUACAUUCGAGCGAAGCUGCUGGGGGGUUUCUGGAGCGACACUGACUGCCGACCAUGGUGAGCAAGACAGAUGACAUCCCGGCGGCAGUGCCUAGCUGUAAUCCGGUUGAUCUUGCGGAUGAAGCCGGGGAUGGAGCCCAACACGAGUCCGGCAAGACGCGACUGGAGGAUUCCUGCGACUGCGGGCACACUGCAGAAACAGCCAUGGUGAACGGGGACGGGGCUCACGAGCACACAGAGGAGACGGAGGAAAAGCAGGAUGGGAACAGUGAGGCGGACGGAGGAGAGGACUCCAACGAACAGGAAGUGAUUGUGAUCCAGGACACAGGCUUCACUAUUAAGAUCCAGGCACCGGGCACAGAGCCAUUUGACCUGCAGGUGUCUCCUCAAGAAAUGGUGCAGGAAAUCCAUCAGGUGUUAAUAGACCGGGAGGACACCUGCCACCGCACCUGCUUCUCCCUGCAGCUGGAUGGAAACGUGCUGGACAACUUCGCUGAGCUCAAGUCCAUCGAGGGCCUGCAGGAGGGCUCGCUUCUCAAAGUGGUGGAAGAGCCGUACACUGUACGUGAAGCUCGCAUCCACGUGCGUCACAUCAGAGACCUGCUGAAAAGUCUGGACCCAUCAGACUCCUACAACGGAGUGGACUGCAACUCCCUCUCCUUCCUCAGCAUCUUCACUGACGGAGACCUCGGAGAUAGUGGUAAGCGAAAGAAAAAGGGUAAUGACCUGGAGCAGAUUGACUGCACCCCCCCAGAGCACAUCCUGCCUGGCAGUAAAGACCGCCCCCUGAUGCCCCUUCAGCCACUUAACAAGGAAUGGAAGCCUAUGCAGUGCCUGAAGGUCCUGACCAUGAGCGGCUGGAACCCUCCACCUGGAAACAGGAAGAUGCACGGUGACCUCAUGUAUCUGUACAUGGUGACUGUGGAAGAACGCCAUAUCAGCAUCACUGCCUCUACACGCGGCUUCUACCUCAACCAAUCUACCACCUACACCUUCAACCCCAAACCAGCCAAUCCCAGCUUCCUGAGCCACUCUCUGGUGGAGCUGCUGAGCCAGAUCAGUCCUGCCUUCAAAAAGAACUUCACUGCCAUGCAGAAGAAAAGGGUCCAGAAGCAUCCCUUUGAGAGGAUAGCCACGCCCUUCCAGGUGUACAGCUGGACCGCUCCGCAGGUAGACCACGCCAUGGACUGUGUUCGCGCCGAGGACGCCUACACCUCCCGCCUGGGUUAUGAGGAGCACAUACCUGGACAGACCAGAGAUUGGAAUGAGGAGCUGCAGACAACCAGAGAGCUUUCGAGGAAGAACCUGCCUGAACGGCUGCUGAGGGAGCGAGCCAUAUUCAAGGUCCACAGUGACUUUGCCGCAGCUGCCACUCGAGGAGCAAUGGCAGUAAUCGAUGGCAACGUCAUGGCCAUCAACCCCGGCGAGGAGACGCGCAUGCAGAUGUUCAUCUGGAACAACAUCUUCUUCAGCCUCGGCUUCGACGUGCGUGACCACUAUCGUGAGUUGGGAGGAGAUGCUGCUGCCCACGCUGCGCCCACCAAUGACUUGAACGGAGUACGAGCGUAUGGGGCGGUAGACGUUGAGGGUCUCUACACCCUUGGGACGGUAGUGGUGGACUACAGAGGCUACCGAGUGACUGCCCAGUCCAUCAUCCCAGGAAUCCUGGAACGUGAGCAGGAGCAGAGCGUCAUCUACGGAUCCAUUGACUUUGGAAAGACUGUUGUGUCUCACAACAAAUAUCUGGAGCUGCUGGAGAAGACCAGCAGGCCGCUCAAGGUCCAGAGACACGAUGUACUGAACGAGAAGGAUGAAUCAGUGGACCUUUGCUCCUCUGUCGAGUGCAAAGGCAUCAUUGGAAACGAUGGCCGACACUAUAUCCUGGACCUCCUGCGUACUUUCCCCCCUGACCUCAAUUUCUUGCCCGUGGACGGUGAGGAGCUGCCUCCAGAGAGUCGGCACCAAGGCUUCCCCCGCCAGCACCGCCACCGCCUGGCAUGUCUCCGCCAAGAGCUCAUCGAGGCCUUUGUUGAGCACAGAUAUCUUCUCUUCAUGAAGAUGGCGGCGUUACAGCUCAUGCAACAGAAAGCAAACAGGGACACUAAGAUUGACAGACCUGCCAUCACAGAAACAGCCACAGACAACAAAGCAGAAACAAGCCCGACUCAGACCACUGCAGCAGAUUCGACUGCAACAGAGGUGUCCACAGACGGCACAAGCCUGACAGACAACAGCACCUCUGCUGUCUCCCAGUCACCACCUGACAGUGACGAAAACUCAACAAAGCCCACCACAAACGGGCCUGUAGACCCCCCAACCACCCAGAACGGAGAGUGCAAGAGCCCACUGGAGGGUAAGGAGCUUGAGGAAAGUAUUCCAGGAUUAGCUCAGGCCAAAGAGCUGGCGGAGACCUUAGUUGCUGAAGAUGGAUCUGGUAUUGAUCCCAAGAGCCGUGAGGUCGUCCUUAACGCUUGCAAGGCAGUCGGAUCCAUCAGCAACACAUCAUUUGACAUUCGCUUCAACCCUGACAUCUUCUCCCCAGGAGUACGUUUCCCAGACGAAAGUGCAAAUGAAAUCCAGAAGCAGAAGCAGCUUCUUAAAGAUGCCGCUGCCUUCCUGGUGUCCUGUCAGAUCCCAUCACUGGUUAAAGACUGUUUGGACCACAGUACGCUGCCAAUGGAUGGAGCCACACUCACAGAGGCCCUGCACCAGAGAGGCAUCAACGCUCGCUAUCUGGGGACAGUUCUGCAGUUUGUGGAUAAAACCCCUGCUAAAGCACAGCUGGAGCACUUCUACAGAAUAGGAAUCAGUGAGCUGAUCACCAGAUGUGCGAAACAUAUCUUCAAGACAUACCUCCAGGGCGUGGAGUUGUCUGCCCUCUCUGCUGCUGUAAGUCAUUUCCUCAACUGUUUACUGAGCUCCUUCCCUGAUGCUGUCGCCCACCUGGCUCCCGACGAGCUGGUGUCACGCCGCAAAAGCCGUAAACGUCGCAACAGGGUCCCCGGCGGCGGAGACAACAUUGCGUGGGCCAGCCUCACGCCCAGCGAGCUGUGGAAGAACAUCGCCUCCGAGGCAGAGAGCUACUAUCACUUCACCGUACAGUGUGAGAGCGUGGACCAGGUGGUGGAGAAAUACGGCCUCCAAAAAAGCACCUUGCUCAGAGAAAUCUCAAUCAAAACUGGCAUCCAGAUUCUGAUAAAAGAGUACAACUUUGACAGCCGCCACAAGCCUGCCUUCACAGAGGAGGACAUCCUGAAUAUUUUCCCUGUUGUGAAGCACGUUAACCCCAAAGCCUCCGAUGCCUUCCACUUCUUCCAGAGUGGACAGGCCAAAGUACAGCAAGGUUUCCUGAAGGAGGGCUGCGAGCUGAUCAAUGAGGCUCUCAACCUCUUCAACAACGUGUACGGACCCAUGCACGUAGAGAUCUGUGCCUGCCUGCGCCUGCUAGCACGCCUUAACUACAUCAUGGGAGACCACGCUGAGGCUCUGAGUAACCAGCAGAAGGCUGUUCUGAUGAGUGAAAGAGUCCUCGGCAUCGAGCACCCGAACACAAUUCAAGAAUAUAUGCACUUGUCUCUGUACUGCUUUGCCAAUGGGCAGCUGUCGACCGCCCUGAAGCUGCUGUAUCGUGCCCGUUACCUCAUGCUGCUGGUCUGCGGGGAGGACCACCCAGAGAUGGCACUGCUGGACAGUAACAUCGGGUUGGUGCUGCACGGAGUGAUGGAGUAUGAUUUAUCUCUGAGAUUCUUGGAGUACGCCUUGACCGUCAACACAAAGUACCACGGACCCCGGUCCCUCAAAGUGGCUCUCAGUCAUCAUUUGGUUGCGAGGGUUUACGAGAGCAAGGCUGAGUUCCGCUCUGCACUACAGCAUGAGAAGGAAGGCUACACUAUUUACAAGAACCAGAUGGGUGAGGCACAUGAGAAAACCAAGGAGAGCUCCGAGUAUCUGAAGUAUCUCACCCAGCAGGCCGUGGCUCUGCAGAGAACCAUGAAUGAGAUCUACAAGAACGGCUCCAACGCCAGCAUCAUGCCCCUCAAGUUCACUGCCCCCAGCAUGGCCAGCAUCCUGGAACAGCUCAACAUAAUCAACGGCAUCAUCUUUAUACCUCUCAGCCAAAAGGAUCUGGAGAACCUGAAGGCGGAGGUUCAACGGCGGCAGCAGCUGCAGGAGCUGGGAAAGAGCGAGGAGCCGGCUGAAGACAGCCUACUGGAACUAGAGGACAAAAUUCCCAUUGAUUAAUGCCCCAAAAGCCCUCAACGCGCUGCUGCUUUCUGCUAUUUGAGGGAGAGAAGAGGCUGUGAAGAAACAGCCAUGUCACCAGGCCUGUGGACCUGAGAAGCAAGCAGUUAAAAUCACCAUUGAAAUAAACGGGGGAGGGAUGGAUGGAUGGGUCAGGGCAGUCCAGAAAACAAACUGUGUACUGUAGGACGAAUAAAUACAAAGCAGGAAGUUCCUACAAGGUAGGACGCCAGGGAAGAGAAAGUACAAACGACAUAGAAUCAUUAUUAAUGUGCAAUCUAAAAAAAAAAAAUAGGAAAAAAAAUAUCCCCGACCCGAGAACCUGGUGAUGAAGUCACUGGAGGCGUCAGCUGCUUAGAAAUGUGAUCAUGUAUGAACGAGUGUUUGCAGCCGGGGGAGGGAGACCAAGGAUGACCAUGACAUUGUAUACCAGAGCCUUAUCUACUGUACCAUCAUCCCUAAGUCAGGCUUCUUCUCAACUUAAACUUCCUAUAACCACUGUAAGCCCAGGACCACCUUUUGCCCCACCAUUCCCUUAGUCGCCUUGACGAAAACCCCGGGUGUUUACCCCGCACCUACACACGCCACCCCGCCCUGGUGCUCUAAAUUGGAAAGCACCCACACUCAGGGGUACUUUAUACUGUGCACUAAGACCAGAAUACAGUCAAUAAAUUUGAGAUUUUUUAACGUGGGGCUUCAGAAUGUAAAUGUUCACUCUGGCUUCUUUGAGCCAGUUCAUAACAACGGCUAAUUGUUCUCACAUGAACCCGAUGGUUUAUUCUUUUAACCGUUCAAUCAUUUGUACUCACGACAUCCCAAGUGGAUCCCUGCUGUGACCCGCGUUCCUUUAUCUCCAAGCAAGGAAACAACACAUUAGCUAGCUUUUCAACUGAUUAUUUGCUGGAUUUUUUUUUUUCCUUUUUAAGUACAUGAUUAUUUGUAUUGUUUUUUUUUUGUAAAAGUGCACAGGAGAAUUAUAAAGGUAUUUUAGGCCUGUUAAUCAUCAAUUAAAUUAAGCCAUGUCUGUUUUAUAGAAAAUGUAUAGAAGUGGGGGAAAAAAUAUGUAUAAAUCUCUAUCGGGGCUAGACAGGUACUGGAUGGAUGAUUAUGGAGAAACCGCAGAAUUGAAAACGUCCACUUUAUGCAGUAGAUUUAUCUAUCUAUAUAGUAGCUGUAUCCAACUUUCUAUUUUUACACAUUGAAAGAAAAUGUGUGCAUGUGUGUUUGUAUGUGUGACGGUGUGUUUGUGUGUGUGUCUUUGUGUAGUUCAAGAGAAAAAUCUUAUUGGCCAGAGCUGUUGCUAAUUUUUGCUGCUGCAUAGUUUGGAAUAGAGGCUGAGUGAACAUUUGCUUUCCAGAUGUUUUAUUUUUCUACACGCAGUUAACCUGUUUGGAUGGCUGAUGCCUCUUUUCUUAAAACAUUCAUGGCCACCAAUGUUGUCACUGUUUCUGCAUCAAACCUCUCACCAUCGGACAUGUGCUCAACAUUGGCAGUAGUGAGUGAUUUAUUGUUGCUGGGUGUAUUUUCUUUUUUCAUUACAUGUCAUCUGUUCAUAUGUAUGUGAGACAAAAAGCCAGCCAGGAGUGUCUGUUCAUUGAGCAGUAUUAGUGCACUUUCUUGUGCUGUGUGGGUGUGUUAACAUUCACGGCACCUCCAGGAGUGGACAAACGAAGGGCUGCCCCGAUGUGAUGUACCAAAAAAAGACUGAUAAAGGGUUUGUUUUCGCUUGUAUACAUGCAAUGUAUCCCUCCCAUGGCAAUUUGUUACUUAAUUGUUGCCGUGUCUAAAUGUUUGUGAUUAAAGCAAUAGCGAGAUGGUGCUGGAA